UCUCAAAUUUAUUGGGAGAUGUAUUAGAUUUGGGAAUAGUGGUGUUUUAGAAAUUUGAAAAAUUUCUUAUUUUUUUAGUUUUUUAUGAUCUAAAACACAAAUUCACCAAGAUGUUCACAUCGAAAUUAAAUUGAGUGUUAUAAACAAUUUAACAAUAUUUUCCCUAAUAUAAUAAGUACUUGUUUAAUCUAGGACUUAAAAUAUAAUAGUGCUUCACCAAAUCAUCUUCACCGAGAAAAGCUAGAACUUCCUGCUCAUAUCUGGCGAUUUUCCUAUCUAUAAUAUUUUCCUAGAGAGUCUUGUAUUCAUCCAAAUCAAUUAUGAUUAUUCUAAUAUUCGAAAACUAGUACUUUUUCUAAAAUUUAAAAUUUCUUGUCCUCUUCAUCUCAGAAAUUUUAAACCAGUUUGAACCAAAGUUUCCUUAAAUUUAGUUAUACAUCUCUUGAAGCUGGAAAAUUUGUUAUUAUUAAUUUGUUUGCAAGAUACAACCAAGGUUGAGGUCAAAGGGAACACUUUCUUUUCAUUCGUAUCCUUAUGAUAAUUCUUAAUUUCUUAUCAGAUAACUGAACUAUUAUUUACAUAUUUUUACACAACCAAGAUUUUUACAAAUAUCAAACCUUUCUCAUGCCCAUGAGUUUUUAUAAGGUGAUACAAAAGAAAAGCAGAAAGAAGAAUAUUUUAAUACUAGAGAUGAGCAAUUUUUAGAAAUAGUCCUACAAAAUCCUUUCUAUAUUUGUCAUCACCCAAUUUAAUUGUCCAAAUUUAUGAUCAUUGCGUUCAAAAGUAACUUUAGAAUUGUGCUUGUAAGAACAGAAGAGAAUUAGGCACUAAAUCUUAGUGAAUGAUCCCUGAAUAUUUUUAACAUGCAACCAAUGCAGUUAGAGUAAACAUCCUGUUAUUUAGAACCCAUCUUUAAAUCAGAAACUAGUUUUUGAUUAUUCAAAUUUUCAUAAAUUAGAAUUCAAAUUUUCAAAGAUAUCAAUUUUUAAUUUUAUUGUUUGAGUUUUAAUAUCUGCUUCAAAAUUAACAUUCCAUAAGGAUAUGAAUUAUUAUAAAUAAGUUUAAUAUCUUUGUUUUUAUUCUCUAGAGCAUGGAAAUACAAUGAUUCUCGGAUUUUUCUUAAAUUUUAACUUGGAGCAACUCUUCAAGUGCAAUUGAUAUAAUUUCCAUAUUUCCAAAAUUUGUCAAAUAUUCUGCGACAUUUCACUAACUUUUUAUUGGAUUUUCUCUAAAUAGUUCCUACCACUGUUUUUGAAAGUUUAACUAAAUUUAUAUAAUAUAGAGAGUUUUGUUAAGCAAAGCUUAAACUU